AUGCUCGACCUUGACCGCAAUCAUGUCAGUUAUUCGGAUACGACUACUGAGACCAAUUCGGACUCCCCAGCCAUCUCCAUUUCGUCCAACAGUGCAGGACGAAGUGUUACGGCUGCCGGGCCUGCAAAUGCCCCCGGCCCUGCGUCGAGAGCUACUAAUCACCCCGGUGCCACAGCCAAUGCCUACACCACCGUCUCUCUCCCUCAUGCCGAGCCUGCUGACGCCGCUAAUCCUUCCCCUGACACGCGACCUUUCUUCCUCCUAGAGGAUUUGGGGUAUCCUAGCAGCAGUGUGUACGAACCCGUCCCUCAACAGCACCUAGCGGCUGCCUCCACUGAUGCCACUAGCUAUACCCUAGGCGUUCCAAGCUUUGGCUCACAGCCCUGGAUCGCUCCUUCUGGCCCUUUUCUCGAUUUCGCGCCCCAGCCAGUAUAUGAGCCUACGGGUGAGUUACUGCGCGAACAGAUUCACCACUUUGACGAGUUCGACGUCCCUUGCCUUUCGAGACAUCCAGCUGCCGUCACUGCCACGCCGAAGAGUCCGCCGCCACCACCCGGAAGUACCUCGGCCAACGCGGCCACCACCGCAAAUGGUACUGCUGCGGUUCCAGCCUUUGUACCGCCCUUGCUCCCUCGCUCCGCCUUAAAACGAAAAGCGAGCUCGACGGCUUCGACGCCAACCGAUACCCCCGUUGACAAGAAAGUCCGAGUGCUAUCCAGACCUGGUCCCGACGCUGCCGUUGCAACGAACCGUUCUGUGACGUUUGAGCGGAUGUCAGGCGUCGCUCCCACGUCGCCUGAUGAAGGAUCUAUCACUUCGGAGCUCCCAGCUGGCUCCCGAGCGGCGCUCGGUGCAGCUGCUGGCAACAGGAGGACUCGCCAGUCUUCCGGCUCGACCCCGCGGCCACCUGUACUUCCAUCUACCUCGUCGCAAGGUUCGACCCGUGGGAGAGGAACGCGCGUAUCGUCAGGGCAUCCGCCGUCCAUCCUCCCUCCUGAGAAGGUCUUUCCCAUCCAGAUCGGGUCGGAUUUAUUCCGCUUGUCAGGCGCCUCAAUAUCGUCGGAUGCCCCUUCGUACUUUACCCAGUUCUUCGAGGAACAAAUCCGACAAAAUGAGGAGUCGGGUGGUGUCAGGACGCUAUACAUCGACCGAGAUCCAGCCACCUUUCGAGACGUGGCCAGGCAUUUACAAGGUUACUAUGUCAAACCUGUCGACGGAAGCCAUUUCGUGAAACUCUUCGCAGAUGCUCAAUUCUACAGCUUACCCCGUCUAAUCGACCAGCUGUUCGAAUCAGAAAUCUUCAUUCAGAUUGGCGAGCGCCAUUUUCAAAUCCCGAAAGACAUCUUCUCCGAGCCCGGAAACUCACCCAACUUCUUCUCACUAGGGUUUGCAGUCUUCUUCUCGACACCUGGUGAGGUCUUUCCAGGCCUUGACCGCCGGGGACUUCUCCGUCCACCGUCUAUAACUCCGCCUUAUGUCCCUGGACGGUCGGCCGACAUCUUUGCAGAGUUACUACAUCUACUACGAGGCUACCCUCUCUAUAUCCGAAACGAAUCGCACCGAUCUGAGCUACUACGAGACUGCCGCUAUUUCCAUCUGCGAGGCUUGGAGCAGAAGAUUAUUGCGCACGAGAUCAGCUACAAUCUGGAGCGGCAGAAACACGAGAUUUGUCUCCGGCUGGAAGACGUCAAACCUUCGGGCGUCUCUUUCACCCGCGACGAUUCACUCGGCGAGAAGCCGACCACUGGGGGGUGGGUUUACUACGCGAGGCCGUUUGUAGAUGACACCUCGUACGAAAUGGUGGUGGAGAUAGGGGCGGAGAGUACUGUGCUGGAUUUGACUGACAUGAGGGCCGAUCUCCACGGACUAGCCAAAGCUCGAGUGUCCUCUCUGUUCCAGGUUGUGGCGAACAAGAUGAAUCUGCCGACGAAUGCACCACUGGGACUGAUGAUGCUGUCGGGGGGCAGGUCUUCGCAGUCAGCCAGUCCUGGACACACGCCUUUAAGCGAGGACCGGGUGAAGGUUCGCUUUGAACCUGCAACCGACAUCACACUGGACGGAGAGGGCUUGGAGAUUGACUGGGACAGUCCGGUGGGGCAAGUCAUGCAGCACGGGCCUUCAACAGUGGCCAGCGAAUCCGAGUCUGAAUCCGACGUGAUGAGCGAAGGACCAACGGUCAAACCUGGCCCCUCCACGGCUGGCGGUCAACAGCGGCGACCCCAAACUCGACAGAUCCCGGGAGGAGCACCCUCGCAUACAGGUGUAGCACGUGGUUCUCUCCCUGUGGCUCCGAUCCAGACGACCAGACUUUCUGCGCCAUCUACGAAGAAGAGGAAACGGCAGAACAGUCAAGAGGAGCUUGGGGAGUGGACCAUCCGCACCGGCCAAUGGCGAUUGCGAGUGCAACCUAAUUCCCAGGAUACGAUACGGGGAGGAUUUGAGAUUGUCUUUAUUGGAGUCAAGAUCGACGCGUACUCGAGUGAAAGAGCCAGGAACGCGAGAAGGAGCUUUCUCAGUUGA